AUGGAGGACACAGCGCACGCGGACAGCCUACAAUACACAUUAAAGGAACUGCGGAGGAAAAUCGCAGACUCUGAAGCACAAAUAGCAAAAUUACGGAAAGGCCAGCAAGAGGUGCCACUCUCACCAGCCGCGCAGGCUAGAGUCAUUACAGCUGCCUUUGAAGAAGUCACAAACGCAGAGCCAUAUCUACCAUUCGCUGGCUCAGUGUUACCGUCUCUUAUUGCGAUGCGGAAAACAUACUCGGCUGUGAGAGAGACAGAAUCGCUUAUAAAGGGCGAAGAGGAGCAGCGUGAUGCGGAGAGCAAGCGGCUAGAGGCAGACCGUGCGGCGCUCAAAGAUCAGACGCUUCUUACCGAAGCACUACGGGAGCGCAUUGAAUCUUUACGCAACGAUCUAGCUGCCAACGCAGACGUCCGAGAGGACCAGGUGUUGCGUGAGAAGAUGCAGGAGCUCAGGUCAAAAACAGACUUUUACAAGAACGAGCACGUCCGCCUCCGACGAGCGCUACGACAGUUUGUCUACGAGCACUUGGCGUCCCUCCUUGCUGCUGAAGAAGUCGGUGGUCCCGUUGUCGGUGACGUUCUCGAAGUUGAUCCCCGCGACUUGGCUGCAGGUCUUUCCGCCCAGGGAAACCUGAAGCGUUCUGCAAAGGGCAUGUCGGGCAGCGAUAAGCGGCAACGGCGCAUUGACGACAUCUACCGCCCGGACCGACUUGGCCGUAAAGAGCAGUCAGCACAGGACGACAUUGAAGAGGCAGGCAAGGAGCUAUUGUCGCUUGUGCAGGAAAUGUUUGAGCGUCUGGUAGAAGCGCAAGGAGACAAUUCCGAGUCCUACAUUACAGUAGAUCGCGAAUCUGCAGCGACGCGGUUCUUGAUCCGAUCCAAGGUCGCCCAGUUCCAUCCCAAAGACGCAUGGAGGAUGCGCAUUAUUGACUUUGGCAGAGAGCUGGAUGGCUAA